CCGCUCUCCGGCGCGCCGAGCCUGAUCCUAACCUUCUCGCGGAUCGCGAGGAAAACAACAUGGCGAUCGCGGUAUGAUUUCUGUAGAUCCGGGACGAGGACGUUUUUUUUGCGAGGUUAUCUCAAGCGCAACGUCUGUCACGCGUAUCUGCCGCAUUAGUAAAAUUUAAUACCUCGAAGUAGCGCACGAUGGGAGCCGAACGUUUAAUUUACGCCUGCUCCCUGAUUUUGACGAUCUGUCUGUCGGCCGUUGUCUGCGAGAUCGAGCCGCGUUACGAUGAGAAAAUUCAACUGUCCGCGACGUCGACGAAACUGCCCGAGUUCGUCUCGGAGAGGCCACAGGACAGAGUGGGCUUCCUGCACGCCUUCGUAGCAUCCUUGUCGGUCAUCGUGGUGUCGGAGCUGGGGGACAAGACGUUCUUCAUCGCCGCUAUUAUGGCGAUGAAGCAUCCAAGAUUGACUGUAUUCAUCGGGGCGAUAAGCGCCCUCGCGCUGAUGACUAUUCUGUCAGUGGUGUUCGGAUACGCAGCGACGAUAAUUCCUCGUGCCUACACCUACUACAUCUCCACUCUGCUCUUCGCUCUGUUCGGAUUGAAAAUGCUGCGAGACGGGUACUACAUGUCGGCGACGGAAGCACAAGACGAGUUAGAAGAGGUGCAGUCGGACCUGAGGAAAAGAGACGACGAGUAUGAAAAGGAGACGACGAGUACUUUGGUUCAGGAUCCUGAAACCGGAGUAAUACGUAAAACUACUAAAAGUAGUGCGCUCAUGCUGCUUUCUAGGAUAUUCUUUCAGGCGUUCACGCUUACCUUUCUUGCGGAAUGGGGCGAUCGCUCUCAGUUAACGACCAUUAUCCUCGCUGCAAGAGAGGAUGUUUACGGUGUGGUACUAGGUGGAAUACUGGGCCAUUCGUUUUGUACAGGCUUAGCGGUUUUAGGAGGACGUAUAAUAGCUCAAAAAAUAUCAGUGAGAACAGUGACCAUUAUUGGAGGUUUGGUGUUCCUGCUAUUUGCCAUAACGGCGCUCUUCGUCAACCCUGUAGAAAAUGUUUGAGUCCUUCAGAGAGAUUUCCAGUAUUUGUAUUACUUCGUGAAUAUUGUAUAUCGUGUAUGUUGCGAGAAUGUUGUAUGUUUGUACAGAGUGUGAUCUGUUCUACUAGAAUUUUGGCAAAAUCACGAAGUUAAUCGAACGCCAGCCAGUUUCGGCCGGCGAGAGAGAACGGUCUUCUUAAUAUAGAUUAUGUAUACAUUGUACAUUCGCUAUCGACGAGGAACCCAAUUACUUCGCUAGCAAUUAAGCGAUAGUGCGGAUAAACUCCGUAUCUAUUCUCUCGAAGUCUGUGUCCCUAGUUUUCCGUUAUCGAUUAUAAAAACAAUCGAAAUGCCGCAUUCUCGUCGUGGAGUUCCUCAGGAUGAAAAAAUUACAUUUUCUGCAAGACAGUUUCUUGUGUUAGUAACAUAUUUCGUGAUCUUUAUUAUUAUUUAUAUUGUAUUAACUAUUUUCUAGUUGAUAUAAUUAAUAAUAAUAUCGAUGCGGCAUUCAAACCAGAUUCUCUUAAUGCAAUAUUUUAUCGAAUUUGUGUACCUAACGUCUGCGCGCAGACAUGAAUAUAUUACUCAAUUGUACUUCAUAUAAAUAAGCUUGUCGCCUGUACCACAUGUGUAUAUGCCAUUUGUAAGAUAUCAAAGAGAAUACUGUAAUAUAUGAUGAUAAUAUAACAAAAGAAUGUUGUAUCGGCAUGAUGCCGUAGACAAAUAGACAAGAUUUUAACGAAACAAAGAAUACAACAAAGAAAUGUUGAUAUGUUUAAUGAAUAGAACAAAACUUUCAGUACAACAGAAAUUGUAAAUAGAAUUUUCCUAUCAUACGCUGAACAUGUAUAAAAUUAAUCCUCAUUUAGAAAAAUCUAUUUUAAUUAUACUAUAUUGUACAAAAAAAAA